UCUCCGGUCGCUCUUAGAACUUCCGGCAGGGGGCUGUUGCACGCACUCGGUGGGUGACGCCAUCGCCGCGCGCCGGCCCCUCCUCCCGUCUCGGCCACUGCCGCCGCCAUGGAGUCCAACAGGGACGAGGCGGAGCGCUGUAUUGCCAUCGCCGUGGCCGCCAUCAAGGCCAGCCAGCCCGACAAGGCGCUCCGCUUCCUGGAGAAGGCCCAGCGCCUCUACCCAUCCCAGCGAGUCCGCGUGCUGAUCGAAUCCCUCACCAAGAAUGAACAAUCAGCCAAUGGCCAGUCCAAAUCCAGAGAGUCCACAAAUGCCCACUUUAGGAAAAUGAGUGGAGACUUCCCAUCAGCCAAUGGGGAGGCAGGUGGGGAAACUAGCAAAGGUUACACCCAAGAUCAGGUGGAUGCAGUUAAGAGGGUAAAGCAAUGUAAAGAUUACUAUGAAAUUCUAGGAGUGAACAGAGAGGCCUCUGACGAGGACCUGAAAAAGGCUUACCGGAAACUAGCACUGAAAUUUCACCCAGAUAAGAACCACGCGCCAGGUGCUACAGAAGCAUUCAAAGCCAUUGGUAAUGCAUAUGCAGUAUUGAGCAACCCAGAGAAGCGGAAGCAAUAUGACCAGUUUGGAGAUGAGAAAGUCAACCCUUCAAGACAUGGACACAGUCAUACAGACUUCCACCGUGGAUUCGAAGCAGACAUCUCACCCGAGGAUCUCUUCAACAUGUUCUUUGGUGGUGGAUUUCCUUCUAGUAAUGUUCACGUAUACAGCAAUGGCAGGAUGCGAUAUACCUACCAUCAGAGGCAUGACAGACGAGAACAUCAGGGUGAUGGUGGCCUUGGGUUGUUUGUCCAGCUGAUGCCUAUUCUCAUCCUGAUCAUUGUUUCAGCUCUCAGCCAGAUGAUGGUCUCCAGUCCACCUUACAGUUUGAGCCACAGGCCGUCUGUGGGUCACAUACACAGGAGAGUGACGGAGCACUUGAAAGUAGCUUACUAUGUAGCUGAGAACUUUGUAGAAGAGUACACUGGUACAAACCUGAAAAAUGUUGAGAGGAGCGUGGAAGACGAUUACAUUGCAAACCUUAGAAAUAACUGCUGGAAGGAAAAGCAACAAAAGGAAGGCUUGCUUUAUCGAGCACGUUACUUUGGAGAUUCAGAUCUGUAUCAAAGAGCACAGAGGAUGGGCACCCCAAGCUGUAGCAGACUGUCUGAAGUUCAAGCCUCUAUGCAUGGAUAGUCACUACUAGACCACUCAGCGGAGGUCUAAGUACGAGCUGGUGAUUUUCCUGUGACACUGAAGCAUGACACAUCAAUGAUUUUCAUACUUAUUUAAAUGUCUAAUUGAGAUCUAGAUCUCCAUGUGUCUCUCCUCUCAAUGUGCAUGUGUAACAAGGAAAAAGCAUAACCCUCUGUCAAGCAUAUACACCUUCACUGGGAUGGUUGGUUUAAUUUGCAUGCCAGCACCUCAAAUGCUCUUCCAGUUCACAUCUGUUUCUUAGCAUUGCUGGUGUCAGCUCUUUGGGAGCAAAGUGAAAGGCCUAGCUAUGUUUGCGAGUCAGCUGAGUUCUUGUCAAGCAUCCAUUUGAGACAGUGUCACUUUUUGCUUUGGCUGGUCAGAAGUUGUUCCCCUUAUCAAGCAUUUAUCAGAUUGGGCAACUGGCAGUCACAUUUCUAUUGCCAGUUUUUGUUGCUCUAUGCCCUAUUUUAUUGUACCAUGGCACUUGAAGAAAUACGAUAACAGGGAAGAGAUUUCUGUAAGAUAGAUGUUUCUUGUCCCUCUGUCGUCUUCCCUAGACACUCAGUGAAACCAAACCAAACUCUCACUCUAUGCAGCAGGUUGUAAAGGUAACUCACUUCAUUGAACUGGGAGUCAGGGAGAAGCCAGCUGAGAGUGCUGGAGACUCAUGGUGUCUUCGCAGCACAAUAACGUGGUAAACCUGAUGAACCAGAGUGGUAUGGUGGCAGUUCAAAUGGCAUAAAUGAAAGUAGCACUAGAUUACUCACAGGAGCGCAGUGUGCAAAUAAAUUAAAAUUUGGCCCAGGGUGUGGAGUCUCUUCCCUCGGUCAUUAUUAGGUCUGAUUUUUUGCAAAGGCAGGAGGCUUCACCCAUCAGCAACUAACAGGAUGAAUGUAAAACACACAGGCUUUCCCCAUCUCUCACAAAUUUAAUUAAAAGCAGGGGCUUGUUACUGGGGAACAAAAUGACACUUAGCACCAUAUUUUCAGAUGCACGCACACCCAUUACACCUUAGUUAUCUUGUAUGUCAGACAUCUGGUCACCUAAGUUGUGUACCCAAGUAAGUUAGGAGGGCUAGGGUUGGGUUUUUUGUUUUGUUUUUCGGCAGGUGGCGCACAUUUGAAAAUUUGGUCCUUAAAGUCAGUUCUGAGCUCAGGUGUCUGCCAUUUUUGAGUGUGUCUUGCAUUUGGGAUUUUUCUUUUUUUGAUAUGCCCUGUACCCUGUUUUGAUAACUGUUCCUCUUAUUAAAUGGAAAUAUUUUAAUUAACUUUGUCACUCUCUCUCUAACUCAGCAUAUCUCUGUGUAUCCAUGGUCUAAUGAAGAGUGUAGCUGUAAAAUAAAGAACUACUUUAGCAUUUUUCAGUUAGACAUGUUACCUGUAAUUUGGGGAGGUGGGUGGGGAAGGUGUUUUCUGUUAAAUGGUUAUCAUGGAUUGGAGACUGACACAGUUACCACUUUUAUUCCCAGACUCUUGAAAUGCCUGAAGACUUUUGGCGAAGUGCACUGAGCCAAGGUGACAGACUUUAUAUUUAAAGAAUCAAACCUUAAAUUAAAAUGGAAUUGGAGAAUUAGCAACGCACAACUGCCCUCUCUCUUCUCUCUCUCUCUCUCCAAUGUUAGAUGCAGCAGGCAGCAGUUAGGAAAUAAAGCUGCCUGUCUUCUCCCCUUCUUUCCAACACCACUAGAGUGCGACAGUCUAGUCUCUCCUAGGAUACAGCAACCAUGAGAACAAGUGUAGAAUAUAAAAAACAAACUGCAGCAAGCCAUGAAGCAGAAGGAGACCCUUCCAUGAUUGCACUGGUCACUUCGAACGGAGAGAGAAAUUGGAAGAUUUUUUUAGGACUAAAAACCAAUUAAUAAGAAAAGAAUCUAUUUAGAAUUAAUUUAUAGCUGUAUGUAUGUUGUACUUUUAAACUAUGCAGGGAUUGGAUUAAAUUAUUUAGUUUUCUGCCCAAUUUAGUAAACUGUAAAGUGUGAACUCUAACCUGUUUUGGGGGGCCAUCCAGCCCUGCAGAACUAUCCAAUUUCAGGUUGUCAUUUGAUGACACUUUACAUUUAUUUUAUUUUUUUUUAUGUUGUUGAGGAAAAUAUAAUUUUGUGACUGAGUUUUUUUAUAAAAGAAUCUCAAAAUCUGUAGAAAGAAGAUUUCUUAAAAUUGACCAGACUUCUGAUUUGUUUUUGCUAUAUUAAUUUAAUUGGUGGCAGUCAACUGAGUGCUGGAUUCUUGUACGGCAAGGAGAGGAUUAUCGUAAAUGGUCUUAGCUCAUCAGUGUUCAGUUUGGUUUGUGUGCGUGUAACUUUUUUUUCCAGAGUCUGCUUUAUUUCUGCCUUGUAAUCAGUGUGCAGCAUUAGUUCUGUAAACAGGGCCUGCCACGAGCUAUAUCCUUUUGUUCUUCUCGUUCCUGAAUUCAGAGUUCCUCAUCCAGCAGACUGCUAACUGUAAUAUGGCUGUUACCUUGCCAUAACACUUCCGAUGUUUCAACCUGUAUUGACAUCCCAAAAAAACAGAGUCUUUGAUUCUUGUGAAAGAAGUUUUGGUGGGGAGAUCAGAAAGGGGGAUGAUUAAUUUUCAGUUGCUUAAUUGGGCUUUGACUUAUCUGACAGUGUAGUGUAGAUCACACUACAUUUUACCCAUUUUACAGCAAUGGUUUUGCCCAUCAUUCAUUUUAGAAGAAGAAAUUAUGCUGCUAAAAGCCUUAGGUUUACUUGCUUGAGCAAGCAGGACCUGGAUUAGAGCAACAGGAUAGCGCUCAAGGUUAUUCUAAACCCAGCGUAUCUCUUUGACACGUGAAGUGAGAGAGGCAAAAGUUGAAUGAGCUAAGUUACCAUUAAUGGCAUAAACUGGAUUCUUCUCUACCCUGAUGUUAAUUUUUGCCUAAAGACAUUUCCUAUAAGAACAGUUUUCAGAGUUCCCUUAUGGUGGAAUUUAUCAAAAUAGCAAUGGCUGCCAAGUAAGGUGGUAAAGGGCUGGGAGAAAAGUGAAAGGCGAGAUGGGUUUAUUUCUCUUUGUUUGAAAUUGACCAGCUCUAUUUUUUAACUGGAUAUUUAUGUAGCAAAAAGGUUCUGAGCCCUCCUGUUCAUUGCAAGCCUUACUAUCCACGACUGUGGUGUAUCUGAUCUGAUUUCAAGUGUUAAAAGAUAUCCCCCAGAUUUUUGGAGAGGGGUAUGGUGGAAAUAAAAUAUUUUGGAAUAAGUGCUGUUUACAGAGGCACAAGAGCUACGCAGCAUUAAGAGAUGUUGGAGAGGAAAUGUGAGAGACAACUCAUGUUUGCAAAAGGUGCUGACAUCUUGUAAAAAUGGCACUCCUGCUCCAGUGCCCAUCCAACCAAAUCUUUUGAUUUCUCAAGUAGAUAUCCAUGGAUGGUAAGCGCUAUGUGCAAUAAAGCAUAGAUCCUAAAGGAUACUCACAGAAUCUGUAUUUCUUGAUUUAGAAUUAAUUAUACAAUUGUACAUCUAUAAAUAAAUGUUUAUUAUGUGAGA